AGAAAUCGCACUUGUCGGAGCAACUACAAGAAAGAGAAAGGCCUACAAGGCGGAAAAUAAAAAAUUUAUUGGAAAAAAGUAUACAGAAGAAAACAAUAACAUUUCAGAAACUUAGUAGAACGGAAAUCAUGAAAUUGUGAAAUCAAUGUUUCAGCAAAGCAAAGGAAAUCAAUUUUAAGAAUCUUUGUAGUGAAAUAACUGAAAGAGCAAAGGUCUAAAGUGUCUAGUAAAAGCAAAAUAUAAGUGAAUUUGAUGUGUGUGCAAGACAAGACGGCAAUGCUUGCUAAAGUUGUCUAAAUUAAUUAUUACUCUGGUGCAAUAAGAAUAUCUAAACUUGUGAACUAAAUGAAAUAAGACAAAGUGUAUAAUAUAAAAAAACGCAAAGGAACAAGAAGCGAAAGUCAAAAUAAUCAAGCAAAAAAGAUAACAACAUAACGGCUAGAACUGUGUAGCCAUUUGGACAAAAGACCAAAACAUGGCCGAAAAAUAAAUGUGAAUAUACUAAAAAAAAAUCAAAUGGUCAGCCAACCUAUAACCUACUAAGUACUAAGUAUACAAAGUCUACUAAAUAACUGACGAUUAUAAAAGAACACUACGACGAGCGAAAGCAAAGCAGAAGCCAAUUUCAACGUCAACUUUUAGUACGGGGCAUUGCUACCAAGAAAGCAGACGUCUGCGAGUAGAAAACUCAAAAACUCUUUAACUUAAUUACUAACAAAACUAACUGGAAGCAGCAGCAACAGCCACAGCCACAAAAUGAAUAGCCUAGUAAAGGUGUUCAGCAACUUCAGAGAGUUCUACAAUGAAAUCAAUGGUGCUACACUCACCGGUGCCAUCGAUGUGAUCGUGGUUGAGCAGCCGGAUGGUGAAUUUCAAUGUUCACCCUUCCACGUGCGCUUCGGUAAACUGGGCGUGUUGCGGAGUCGCGAGAAAGUGGUUGACAUCGAGAUCAAUGGUGAGCCCGUCGACAUACACAUGAAGCUGGGCGACUCCGGUGAGGCAUUCUUCGUUGAGGAAUGUCCCGAAGAGGACGCAGAAGCAUUGCCAGAGAAUAUGGCUACGUCGCCGAUACCGAGCAGCUACUUUCCCAGCAAAUUUGACAAUGAUACAUUAAUGGACGACACACUCGAGUGCAAGUCAAAAAUUGCUAGCGAUGACAUACAACUGCCGCUGCCAUUGCCGCGUCGUAAUUCCAUUGACUUUUCAAAAGAGACCGAAAAGGAAGAUCAAGUGCCGAAAUUUGAGAAUCAAGUCUCAGAUUUUAGUCACAGAAGACACACCGACAAUACAUUGGAGCGACGUAAUCUUAGUGAAAAACUGCAAGAGUACACUACGCAAAAGCUGCGACAGGAGUGGGCCGAACAUGAGGAAAUCUUUCAAUUUGAAGCCGUUGAAAGAGAGAAGGAAUGGAUUAACAGCACACAAACAGAAAGCAAAAUUCAACAGAAAUCCAACACAACAGACGUCGCACCCACACCUACGAUCACUGUGCAGCCAGCUUUCAAAGAAGAGCUUCCUGCGAAAGAGCAUAACAUGAACAAUACAAAUAAUGCAAACAGCAACAACAUCACCACGCCCACUACUACAACCGCCGAAACUAUCUCCAAUAAUACGAGUGCAAAGGACGAAUCCAAAGGUGGCAAGAAGAAACGCCGCAAGAAGUCACAAAUGAAGAAAAAGAAUGCACAACGCAAGUCUUCGUCGAGCAGUUCAAUUGGCAGCACAACACCCAUAGAAGGCGCCAACGGCAAUAACACAAAUGCCGACGAAGGUGACGGUAUUUCCAUUUCGAAUAAUACCAACUCAUCGUCGAAUGAGGAGAUUGCCACAGCAAAAUCAAAUAACGACCAACAGUCGGUACCGCUCGUCUCCGCCACGGCUGGUGAUGAGAGUCCCAUCAGCGAAACAUGCCAAACAUCACCGAUUACGCCCAGCACGCGUAUACCCGAUCUGGAUAUACACUUCUUCAGCGAUACCGAGGUGACGCCUUCGGGUGGUGCUAGCAGUUGUGUUGGACGCGGUUCUGGACGUCCCUCCACACCCAUACAAAGCGAUAGCGAAUUGGAGAUUUCGUUGCGUGAAAAAGAUGUCGAUGCUGAAUUGAUAUCGAAUAGCGCUUCAUGGAAGUGGGGCCAAUUGCCUACGCCCGAUGCGAGUGAAAAGGUGGACGGCAGCGGCGAUCAGUCGGCACAACGCAACUCAAUGCUGAGUGGCAUGUUUAAUUUUAUGAAGAAAACGAAUAAGAUGCGUAAGCAGGCCAACGAUGGUGGUGUCUACUUGUCCGAUUUGGAUGCAGAAGGUAUGGAUCCAGAAAUGGCUGCAUUAUACUUCCCACAACCGCGUCUAACGAAGUCGACAAAUAAUGCCAACGCCGAUGCUGGCACAGCCACCAGCAGCACACUGUUACAAUCGGGCGAUGAUGAUCGUGAAAGUGGCAAUGGCACCAGUUUGCCACAUUCGCCUAGUUCAAUGGAGGGUCAGAAGAGCGUGGACUCGGACUAUGAGGAUGGCAAGCCACAGGACGCAAAAUACCUGGACUUUGUGGCGAUGUCUUUAUGUGGCGUCGGUGACAAAGGCGAGCCAUCUGAUGAAGAGUUCGAUCAACACAUGAUUAAGUAUUCUGAUGUUUGCGAAAAUCCCAGUUUGUUCUCAUCGCCAAAUCUAGUUGUACGCCUGAAUGGUAAAUACUACACGUGGGCAGCUGCAUGUCCAAUUGUCAUGACCAUAAUAACAUUCCAGAAACCACUGACUAACGAUGCCAUUGAACAGCUGAUGAGCAAUGUCAAACCCGAUGAAUCGGUGAACAAGAGCGAACCGGAUGGCACCACAGCAGGUGCUGGCGCUCAAUCGAAACGUUCCUGGUGGAAUUGGCGGCGUUCGCAGGUUGGCGCCGUGCCGAAUUCUGCAAAGAUUGCCAAACCAGAUGACAAGGUUGAUGAGCGAGACGCCGACCAAGCUGCCGUGGCCACACAAACAACACGUCCCAACUCACCAGAUAUUAGUGAAAAUACACUAAGCAAAACCGACUCGACGCUCAAUGCUGAAAACACCUCAGCACAAGUUGAAAAUCUCGAGGACCUAUCGCAAGCCUCCUCGAAGGCUGAAGCAACCAGCAGUAACGGCAACAAAAACGAACGUUACAAGAAGAGCUUGCGCCUUAGUUCGGAAGCAAUUAAACAACUGAACUUGAAGGAUGGCAUGAACGAAAUUGAGUUCAGCGUCACCACCGCCUAUCAGGGCACCACACGCUGCAAAUGCUAUCUCUUCCGCUGGAAGCACAACGACAAAGUUGUCAUUUCUGAUAUUGAUGGCACGAUCACCAAAUCGGAUGUUCUCGGUCACAUUUUGCCAAUGGUCGGCAAAGAUUGGGCCCAAUUGGGUGUGGCACAAUUGUUUUCGAAAAUCGAACAAAAUGGCUAUAAGCUAUUGUAUUUAUCCGCACGUGCCAUAGGGCAAUCACGUGCCACACGUGAAUACUUACGUUCCAUACGUCAGGGUGAUGUUAAGCUACCCGAUGGGCCAUUAUUGCUCAAUCCCACAUCGCUUAUUUCGGCAUUCCAUCGUGAGGUGAUCGAACGCAAGCCGGAACAAUUUAAAAUCGCUUGCCUCUCCGACAUACGUGAGCUCUUCCCCGACAAGGAUCCCUUCUAUGCCGGCUAUGGCAAUCGCAUCAAUGAUGUAUGGGCCUAUCGCGCAGUGGGCAUACCCAUUAUGCGCAUUUUCACCAUCAACACCAAGGGCGAAUUGAAGCAUGAGCUAACACAAACAUUCCAGUCAUCCGGUUACAUCAAUCAGUCGCUCGAAGUCGAUGAGUACUUCCCGCUAUUAGAUGUCAACUUGUAUGAGUAUCGUACCGACACCUUUGACGAUGACGAGGAGGAGGACGAAUUGAAAUUCAGCGAAUCGGAUGACGGCAUUGAACUCGAUACAGACGACGUGUAUCUCGACGAUGACAAUGAAAAAACUGCUACGACAGCAGUUGCCGAGGAACGUGGUCUGCUGUUGAGGCAAGAUAAUGGCAAAACAACGCAAAUGAAAAGUAAAUUUGCGCAGGCGCGCAACAGCAUAGUCAUAAACUUCUCUGCUGUUGGAGCAAGACACUAAGCUGGCUAACUAUGUUAUUACCGGUGGCUGCUGUAUGGCGCGCUGUGUCCCCCAACACGGGUGAAACUAAUUGUUGGAGUUUUAAAAUAUAUAUAAAUAAAAAUAUUUCACCAACAUAAAUAGCGUGAACGCGUUGAAGCUGAGCAAUACACGCUCAAAUUGAUUUUAUUGUGAUAAUUGUGAUCUAGUUUUGCACAUAUGUAUGUAUAUAAGUGAUUCUACAAUACAAAUGUGAUAUCGUACUGCUCACAGUUUGUGACUGCUUUUUGUGCCUAAAUAAUUUAAUUGCACUCACAAAACUUUCACAAUGCGACCAGUUUUCGUAAGAAUAAAAUUCAUAAAACUAGUCCAUAGUAAGCGUAUUUAAACAUUGCCUUUUGGCAAUAAGAAAAACAAAUAUAGCCUAUAGAUUGUCUAGUUUUUUAUAAUAAUACAUAACAAAAAGCUUUGAAAGCUAACUAAGCAGGUUAAAUGAACAAUAUUUACACACAUAUAUUUAUAAGCGUUACAGUAUGUACCUUAAAUACGAAAGUACAGGAAAAUAAAUUUUGGUUAAUAAUUUGUAAUUGUAAUUACGAAAAUUUACUAAUUAAUUAAGCAAAUUGUUGUAUGGAAAUUUAUACACCGAUAUUAUAUAAACAUUUUUAAUCCACAAGCUGGACUGGGAUUAUUAUUUUUUUAAUUUUUUUUGUUGUUGCUAAUAUGCACCACUGUUACUGUUAUUCAUUUGUUGGCGCACUUUUAUUAAUAUACUUGAAUAGCAUUAAGCGAAGCAAUUAGUAUUUAUGCAUUUUCUAUAUAUGUACAUACAUACAUAUAUUUACAAAUUUAGUAAACACAUAUACAUACUCACUUUUAUGCAUACAAGUGUUAAAUAUAAUGCUUAAAAAUAUGUUAAUUGAAUAAAAUUCAAAAGUAAACAUUU